GGGUUGUUGGUGGACUCGGACUCGGACUGGGAGCCGGGGAGGGGGCACUGUUGUCAUUCGCCAGGGCUGUGUGUCUAGCUUUUGUCCAGGAGAAAUGGCCGGGAUUAAAGCUCUCAUCAGUCUGUCCUUUGGAGGGGCCAUUGGUCUCAUGUUUCUCAUGCUAGGAUGUGCCCUCCCAGUGUACGACAAAUACUGGCCUUUGUUCCUCCUCUUCUUCUACAUCCUCUCUCCCAUCCCUUACUGCAUCUCACGGAGGGUGGUCGACGACACAGACUCGGCCAGUAACGCCUGCAAAGAGCUGGCCAUCUUCCUCACGACAGGCAUCGUCAUUUCAGCCUUCGGCCUGCCCAUCGUCUUCGCGAGAGCUGAAGUUAUUGCCUGGGGGGCGUGUGCGCUUGUGCUAACGGGUAACGUAGUCAUCUUCGGGACCAUCCUUGGCUUCUUCCUCGUCUUCGGAUCCAACGAUGACUUCAGUUGGCAGCAGUGGUAAAACAGCAGAGGGAGGGGGAGACCUUAGUCUGAACUGUUUUUAUUAGCAUUAUUAUUAUGGUAUUACUGUUUGGUUCUCGUUGUUGUUAUUUAUUUGAUGAACGCCCAUCAAUAGACUCACACCAAACCAGUGCAAUACUUUUUUUUUUAUUAUCGCCUCCAUCAUAUUGAACUGACACUAGUGGGAUGGAAAAUACUGACUUUCAGUUGGAUUUUUCCUCGUUUUAAGUUUUGCUAACUGACUUCUGUGUUUGUGAAUUUUCUCCAUCUGUGUGUCCACUUUCUUUUUGAGCAUUGUGAGCCAAGUGAUGGUGAACAACUGCUUGUCUUAUCUGUGAAAAUAUGUUUUUAAAAAAAUCCAGUUGAAUGUCACAGAGGAUUUAAUCCGACCAAAAGGACAGGGUCAAAAUUGUCAGGCCUCCUUUUUCCAAUAAGUUGAUAGUCUGAAAAUGCUGUGAAGAAGCUUUUUGUAAAUGAAGAGCACAGACGGGUGUGCAUUUCCAGUGUGUUGAGAGUAAAUCAGCAGAAAACUGAUGGGAAACCUGCACAGUAUGAGCUCAGAUUUCACCACCUCUUAUGAAAAAGCUCCAUUUGCAUUUGACAUGGACUUAUUGGAUUGAAACUGUCUCUUUUUCUGUUUUUGUCAUACUAAAGGGUAUCAGCUCAGCCGAUAAGGGGGCAGAUUUCUGUCAGCUUUUUGCUAUUGUAACACGAAAAUCACAAAGCUGUGAAUCUUGGCAAACAAGUCUAGAAGAUCAGUGUGUGUUUGUGAAAGACCUGAGCUGUUACUGCCACCAACCACAUCUUUCAAACCUUUUUUUAAAAGUGUAACUGUGAUUUGAAUCAGGUGUCUUUCCAGCAAUGUGACAUUUCUUUGCGUUUCUCAUCACACAAAAUAAGGAGGUCGUUUUCAAAAGUGUUUGUUUCCUCUCUCAACUUAGAGAAGAGGAUCAUUCAAACACCGAGACCGCCACUGCGGAGAUCAAAUUAAUCUGACUCAGUGAUUUCCCAGGUGCCAACUGGAUGCAGGCUGCUUAUUCACCGUGUUAUUUUGCACCUGAUAGUUCUUACCUCAUCGUACGUAUGGGUUAGCCUCGCUUUGUCAGGUCAAGAAAGCAUUAAAAGCCUGUAGUAGCCGCCAGCAAGCGUAGGAUUAGUUUGAGGACAGCAGCCAAUCUACAAAAAGACCUGGGCUACUUAUACACAAGGCCUGGCCAGUCACUAACAGCCCUUAAGCUUUUAAAUGUGACUACUUUGUUCUGACUCCUUCAAAGUAAAAGAAUCCAGAGACUACGCUUGGUGUUAAUUAAGCACAUUAGGUCCAGAUUUGACGCUCAUGCUGUCGUAUUUCCUCACACCAGCAUUUCCAGGAUAAAAACACAAGUUUUGUUUUAUGAUUUCUUUUAAUUUUGAAGUUUUUCUGCAUUCUCCGGCCUGUGUGAAGGAACAUGUCGGUUUGUGUAAUGUGUUGCAGUUCAGGAUCAGCCAGCUCUCCUGUUUGCUGUUAUGUUUAGCAGUAGCUAAACAAGGAAUUAAGCUUCUGCUGCCUCGUUGAAGCACUGGUGUCUUGGAAGGAGAGUUGAGUGUCGAACAUUUCCUUUUAGAUGUUGAUUUUGUCUAUUUAUAUUUUUUAUGGAUGGCGCUGUUUGAAACCAUGCUCUCUGGAAGAUAAAAUUCAUCAUUUCUUUUUUCUUGGAGACUGAAUAUUUAAAUCUAAGAAUAAAAUAUUUCAGUCAUUUAAGACUGCAACUAAUGAUUAUUUUCAUUAACGACUAAUAUACAGAUUGUUCCUUUUUUUGAUUAAUUGAUUAAUAAUUUAGUCCAUAAAACAUCAGAAAACAGCCCAUUAUAAUAUCUUAGAGCACAAUUAUCUAAUGUCUAGUUUACUCCAAGCAACAGUCCAACCCCCAAAAUAUUUAAUUUACUUUGGUGUAAGACCAAGAAAAUCAGCUAAUUGUCACAUUUUAUAAAUUGGAGGAAUAAAAUUUUUGACAAUUUCGCUGAAAAAUGUCUUAAACGAUUAACUACCAAAAUAGCUGCACAUGAAUUUCCUUUUGAUCGAUUGAUUGUUGCAUCUCUGUAGUCAUUAUGUCUUUGUAGGCCUGCCUUCAAGGUACUUUAUAUCACAAAUUUCCAUACACAUGCAUUAAAUAAUACGUGGUUGAAAGGAAUAGUUCAACAUUUUGGUAAAUGCUGUUUGCAUAUUUGCUUUCAUGCUGAAAAGUAGAUGUCUGCACAUUAAAUACGAUAAAGUAGAGCCAGGAGGCGAUUAGCCUAGCUUAGCAUAAACACACCAACAUCUAGCCUGGCUCUGUCUGAAGCUCAGGACGCCUGUCAACACCCCUGAAGUUCACUAAUUAACCGCUUGGUGUUGUGUUGUUAUGGACGGUGGGUCCAGUGCUGGGACCACGGCUGAGGGCGGUGACCAAAUAUGAGGUCUGGGUGUUUAGCACCUAGACUUUGCUUUAUCUCACUUUCUACAAAAUGAGACCUUUAAGAAGGACAAAAAAUGGACAUCUUACCUUAAACACAAAUGUUACAGAAUGUCCUGCACAGAUUAAAAACUCUUUCAGAAGAGAAAAGCACUGGAAAUCUGCAGAGAGAACCCGUGGCUCAGAUAUGAACUGACAGCUGGGUUUCAGCACCACAAAUUGGCUCUAACACUCCACGCUCUGUGAUAUUUCCUGUGUCGUACCUGACUCUUCCAGAGAUCAUAACCUCAGUGAAAGGCACUGAUUGUAUUAAAAGCACCAUGGUGAUGGCAGCUUUUUAGUUUCUGUUGAAAACAUUAAAAUAACAAAAAACAAAGCUUAAUGUUGAAAACUACUGACAUGAUUUGUGCAUAUUAUUAUAUCACCACUUUGCAUCUAAAGAAAAAGCUCUUGACAGUAGAUUUACUCACUGGUGGUAGUCUGUAAGCUUGUCUGCGGUUGGACAAGCAGGGUAACUCCGUAUUGUGUUCCUGAGGCGUGAACGUCCGUAUGAAUUUUAAACUGAAUUAGUGAAAAGUUCUCUGACUUUCUGUUUGUGGUCUGAUGUUGACUCCCUGAUGUGGCAGAGCCUGGUGUGUACGUGUGGGACGGGUUUUCUCUGUGUUUCUGUUUUACGACAGAUGUUACAUUUAUUUUUUUUUCUCACAGAUUUGGGAGGAUAUUGUAUUUAUUUAUUUUAUUGGAUGCUUUGUGUCAAUGUCCAACACCAUUUUCUAUCUACAGCUGUUGUGUUAACGAGGCAGAAGUCAGCAUGGUGGUUUUCUUUUUUUAAAUAAACGCCAUUUUUGAA